ACCACAACAUUGGUUCACUUAGCUAAAUUGUAUCCUCAAAUGAAAUUCCUGAAUAUGUUUAACAAGCUGUUUGUGAACAUGCAAAGAAAAUUUUCCCUAGUAAUGUUACUUGUCAGACUGCACAUUCACUUGCUUUUGCAGUUCAUGGUAAGAGGUUGCGGCACAAAUUAACAUCUAAACUGAGACCACAUGACCUUGUAUGUUUUCUCGAACAUUACAAAGGUUGUACUAUACAAAUUCACACCUAUGCAAAAAAUGUAUUAACCACUAUUCAAACGUUUAUGAACUCUGCUGCUUUAGAAAUUUUAGCUGAACAUUCACCCCUCAUUUUUGAAGAUGUAGAUUUUCGAUACAUUUCACUUCAAGAUAGAGAAAAAAUUAUAAGAGAUUCUAUUCAGAUUUGGAAAAGAAUGAUAGAUAAGGAUGAUAAACAGUGUAAAGUCACCCAUGAUGUUUAUCUAAAAUUAUACCAAUUGACUAAACCUAAACUUCUUGGAUAUCAUUGUAUCAUGGUUGAUGAAGCUCAAGACUGCAAUUCAGCAAUGCUUGAUAUUGUACUUACUCAGUCAGCACCUAUCAUACUUGUUGGUGAUCCAAAUCAGCAGAUUUAUGGGUUCCGUGGUGCUACUAAUGCUCUGCAGAAUGCUCCAUUCAGUCAUAUCUAUUAUUUAACUAAGUCCUUUAGAUUUGGACCUGAAAUUGCAUAUAUUGCUUCAUGCUGUUUAGAGUAUUUAAGACGCUAUACUACAGAAACACUUGUUGGAAAUACUAAACCCUCUUACGUUAAUGGUGAAGUUGAAGGACAGUAUGCAGUUAUAGCCAGAAGCAAUUCGGAGUUACUUGAACAAGUUAUCAGACUGUGCUGUACAAAGCAGAGAAGAAGCUUUGAACCUCUUGAAAUUCAUGGUGCUUUUGCUGGUGGAAUCCGAAGUUAUGCGCUGGAUCAGAUUUUGGAUAUUUUAAAUUUGCAUGGAAAAACUUUUGAUAAAAAAGGUAUAACAGUAAUAAGUGACAAAUUCCUAUCUAAGUUCAAGAGUUAUACUGAGUUGGAAAAUUAUGCGAAGAAUGUUGAAGAUAAUGACCUCCUGGGCAAGAUUGCACUUGUUCGUAAAUAUGGUGCUUGUAUUUCUAAAUACAUCAGCAUAAUUAAAGAAAAGUGCACCCAUCCAAUUGAGUUGGCUAAUGUUGUAUUCAGUACUGCUCACAAAGCAAAAGGUCUUGAGUUUGAUACUGUUUGCUUAACAAAUGAUUACAAUGUUUCUAAUAUACCUAGAAAUAAUGAAUUUGAUGAGUAUGGUGAAGAAAGUAGUAUUCUGUAUGUUGCUGCUACUCGAGCCAAAAGAUGCCUACUUUUGCCUGAUAAAUUAAUGCAAGCUCUUAUGUUUUAUCAGGAGAAAUUUGAAUAUCCUGUUUCAUCUAAUAAUCCAGCAUUAUACCGUAAAGAACUGGUGUGUGCUCAUUGCAAAGAUAGAUUUGUUCCUCACACAACUCUUGUUCUAGUUCGUCGAAAGAUCCUUUUGGCCAAUGGACAUACAAUUCCUGGAGGGCCUCUGUGUAUGAAAUGUGGCAGUGAACCGUUUUCAAGACCCCGAAUACAUAAUGAUAUCUUAAUCAUGUAUUUAGAUCCAGUACAUGAUUUUGCACAUCGAAGCAUGUCAGCACUUGUAGGACCACUACCUUCUGAUCCCCCAAUUCAAUAUGAUGAAUAUGAUGUACUUCAUGAAGCAGUUUUACUCUGAGUUUAAUUUUGGUUUGGUUACUUUUAUAUUUCUUGAUGUCUUGUAAAAUUUUUCUAAAACUUUUUCUGUAUUCAUCUCAUCAUUUUUAUGGAUCUGGCAGACAGGCAUGUGAAUUUUGUUGUCUUGUAAAAUAUUGAUUCAUAGCAUGUAAAAUGUUGCAAUCAUAUUUGAACUUAUUUUCAUAUAUUGUUGUUUUUUUAAUAUAAACUUAAAUUUUAAAACAUUUUCAUGUCAUUUAUGUGUUCUUAAAUUGCAUUUUCUUUUUGUUUAAAUAUUAAGACAGUAUUUGUGCAAGAUGGAUGUAAAAUAUAUCACUAUUUUGUAUUUGAUAACAUACUUUGAUGCAACCAUAUAAAGAAAGCAUUCAUUCCUUUUUGCUAAGAAAGGGUGUUGAACAUUGGAAGCUCUAAAAGCUCAAAUAUACAAAUGUGUGAGCCAUAAAUAUUACCAAGCAAAUAUUCAAAAAUUAUACUUUGUAAUUAAGACCCAUUAUUUAUGUAGUGUAUUUAUUAACUCUGAAAUCAUGUUUUUGCUUCAGAUGGCAAUUAAUCACCUAGAAACAAAUGCUGAAUUCAUGCAUAUAUGUGGCUCUUGAUUGAAAUCUUUGAGCCAGUUUGAAUAUGUGAUGAAGUGUGUAGCAAUGAUGUAAAAAAUAAUGUACACUGCGCAAAAAAGAGGGACAGAUCUAUAUCUCCCAUUCUACUGGGCUGAUUGAUGAAAUUAAACUUGUGUUUCAUGUUUCGAAAGCAUGACAAGAUAUGUAUUAAAUUUAUAUUUAGCAUUGUCCUAACAUAGGUAUUUUGAUACAAAAUCAGACCUUUUGCUGAAACAACAUAACCACAUUUUUUCCAUAUUUCAAUUCUACGAAUCAAAUUAUGCCUAGGUAUUAAAUUUUGUAAUUUCUGAUGAGAAAUUUUAAAAUGUAUCUUGGCAGAUAUUUUUCAGUUUGCACCAAGAAUAAU